GCCGAGCUGAGCAAAGAGAAAGGAAGCAAGCUAGUCGGAAGGGGUCGUGACGACCCCAGCAAUGUGGAGAGGCCUGGGGCUGGCCCUGGCUCUCUGUCUCCUCUCUUGGGGAGGAACAGAGAGCCAGGGGAAAAGCUCCUUCUGUGAGCAACCUCCAGGCUGGAGCAUAAAGGACCAAGACCCCAUGCUGAACUCCUAUGGUUCAGUGACUGUGGUUGCUCUUCUUCAGGCCAGCUGAUACCUGUGUAUUCUGCAGGCAUCCAGAUUGGAAGACCUGCGAGUAAAACUGGAGAAAGAAGGAUAUUCUAACAUCUCCUACAUUGUUGUUAAUCAUCAAGGAAUUGCUUCUCAAUUAAAAUAUGUGUAUCUUAAAAGUAAGGUUUCAGAGCAUAUUCCUGUUUAUCAACAAGAAGAAAACCAAACAGAUGUCUGGACUCUCUUAAAUGGAAAUAAAGAUGACUUCCUCAUAUAUGACAGAUGCGGCCUCCUUGUAUAUCAUCUUGGUUUGCCUUAUUCCUUCUUAACUUUCCCAUAUGUAGAAGAAGCCAUUAAGACUGUUUACUGUGAAAAUAAAUGUGGAAACUGCUCUCUCAAGACCCUGAAAGAUGAAGACUUUUGUAAAAACGUAUAUUUGGCUACUGAGGAAAAAACAACUGAGGCUCCACAGCCUCAUCACCAUCAUGAUCACCAUCACCAUCGCCAUCACCAUCACCAUCACGGGCACCAGCAUCUUGGGAACGGUCAUCUUUCAGAGCAUCCGAAACCAGAAGCGCCAGACACUCCUGAGCAGCCCCCUCCUUCAGGUCUUCAUCACCAUCAUGGGCACAAGGGUCACCAAAGACAGGGUCACUCUGAGAACUGAGAUAUGCCAGCAGGAAGUGAAAGUUUACAACUUUCUCUUCCACAGAAAAAGCUCUGACGAAGGGGAUGCAUAAGUCAGUUACUCUGCAAAUUUCCCAAAAAUUCAGAGUCAGCUCUGAGAAGUUGAUGCUGACACUGUCGACAUCUGAUAUUUGAAAAAACAGAGUCUGCAGUCACCUGACAGUGUGGAGAAAACCUCCCUUCUUUAUGUAGCUGACAGGGCCUUCUGGCAGAGGAGAACGUCAUUGAAUCUUGACAGUGACGUUUGCCUCCAGCUGCCUGACAGGCAAGUCAGCAGCUCAACCCCGCAGAAGCUAGCACCAAAUGAAGUUGAAAAAAUAAGGCAGGAAGGUGAAAAUGACCUUCAAAUUAAAUAUUUUAAAUUGGAUAUACUCCCCAAGUCAGUCUAGACCAUUAUAUUUCCAGCAUUUUUAUAAGCCACCUAAUUAAUAGUGAUCCAAAAUUACUAUUGGAAUUGGAAUUGGAUUUGUGCAAACAUGGAGAAAUCUACUAUAUUGGCUUCCACAUUUUAAAAUUUAAGUCAAAGAAAUUUUGACCCAAACCAUAUUUUUAUUACAGGGCAACCGAAAGGUGACUGCAGCAUUUGGUUAAUGUGUUUUUCUUUUUCUUUCUCCAGCAUUCUACUUGCAUUAAUGAGAACAGAAACGUAAACUAUGACCUAGGGGUUUCUGUUGGAUAGUUGGCAAUUUAGAAUGGAGGAAGAACAACAAAGACAUGUUUUCCAUUUUUUUUCUUUACUUAUUUCUCAAAACAAUAUUACCUUUGUCUUCUUAAUCUUAUGUUUUUAACAGAUCAAACCUUUAAAGAACAGUGAAUUCUAUCUUUUCAGAUCCAGAAAUACUUACACAUGAAUAUUUUGCUAUGAUUAUAUUUUAAAUAUCCAUUUAUACUUUUUUAUAUCUAAGACUCAUACCUUGAUUUUUACUAUCACAUCAGAAUGAAGCCUUAUAUCUUGUUUUCUUUAUCUAGUAUUGUAUCAUACUCUUUAAAAUUUGAGAUUGCCAGUUGUGGAAGAUAGGAAGAGAUAAAAGAAUGUUGUUUAUCUCUUGAUGGCUUAGAAAGUAUUUCCAUAGUCAAUGAUGGUUCAUUAGGUAAACUAAGUCCUAUAAACCUGAACUCUUUCAUGGUUAAUACUAUUAAGCAAGAAUGCAGUACACAAUUGGCAAAAGUAUGGCUAUGUUUAAACUCAAUAAAACAGUUUGAAGUUGUC